CGGAUCGUGCCGGAAGAGGAAGAGGCAGGAACCGGAACUCGUUGUUUGGGCUUGCCUCUGCCUUUUCCUCGGCACGUGUGAUCCGCGGCCCGUCUCCAGUCUGUUCUGCUCGUUCGCGUGCCCGCCUCGCAAGGGGCCCGAGUUCCCGGACAAUGGCGGUGAAGGAGGCGCCGUGGCGGCGGCUGACGGGCUUAUCCUUUGGAAUGUACACUGCCGCGGAGAUACGGAAGCUGAGUGUAAAAUCGAUAACCAAUCCACUUUUUCUGGAUAAUGCAAGAACUCCAUCACCAAAUGGACUAUAUGAUUUGUCUUUGGGACCUCUUCACAACAAAGAAGUGUGCGCUACCUGCAUGCAGGACUUCAAUAACUGCCCAGGUCAUUUGGGUCACAUAGAACUGCCUCUCACUGUCUAUAAUCCUCUCUUUUUUGAUAAAUUAUUCCUUCUGAUACGAGGUUCAUGUUUGAGCUGUUGCCAUCUGACAUGCACGCGGGUUGUGAUUCAUUUACUGCUUAACCAGCUGAAGCUUCUUGAAGUCGGGUUGCUUCAAGCAGUCCAUGAUCUUGAGGCCAUCCUAAAUAGGUUUUUAGAAGAAAAUCCAGGCACGCCUGGUGCAGACGUCGAAGAAGUGCUGGCUCUGCACACAGUGGAAAUGCUCCAAAAUAACCAAUUAAGAGAACAAGGUGCACAUGUAAAAAACGUAUGUGAGUGUAGGUGUAAGCUUAUCUCCCAAUUUUGGAAAUCACACAUGGGUUCAAAGAGAUGUCCAAACUGCAAAGCGGGAAGAUCACUUGUCCGAAAAGAGCAUAAUAGCAAACUCACAGUGACUUAUCCCACUGUGGUGAUACAGAAGUCAGGCAAACAGAUGAUAGUGGAGGAAGCAGCAACCAUAGAUGAAACUCAGCUGGGAAAACGAGGCUAUAUGACACCUGCUAUUGCCAAAAAACACUUUGAAGCUUUGUGGAAGAAUGAAGGUUUUUUCCUUUGCAAACUUUUCUCUGGCAUGGCAGUUGCUGGUGAUUCAAGUUUCAAUCCUGAUAUGUUCUUCCUAGAUAAGCUUGUUGUCCCACCUUCUAGGUAUCGUCCUGUGAGUUGUAUUGGAGACCAGAUGUUUGCAAAUGGUCAGACUGUAAACUUGCAAGCUGUGAUGAAGGAUGCUCACCUGACUCGGAAGCUUCUGGCUUUCAUGGCUCAGGAACAGUGUCAGUCAAUGCAAACUGAAGGAGGAGACAUCCAGAUGAUAGCAGAACAUCCCAUAGAGCCCUUGGACCGUUCUGUCCUGGUGACAAUCCCAGGGCAAACUUCUACAGAUAAGCUUUACAACAUCUGGAUUCGUCUUCAGAGCCAUGUAAAUAUUGUGUUUGACAGUGACAUGGAUAAAUUAAUAUCUGAUAAAUUUCCUGGUGUACGACAGAUUCUGGAGAAAAAGGAUGGCCUGUUCCGUAAGCACAUGAUGGGAAAGCGAGUGGAUUAUGCUGCUCGGUCAGUCAUUUGCCCUGACAUGUACAUUCAGACUAAUGAAAUCGGCAUUCCUAUGGUGUUUGCUACCAGACUGACCUAUCCUCAACCUGUAACUCCCUGGAAUGUCCAAGAAUUGAGGCAAGCUGUCAUAAAUGGUCCCAACGAGCACCCAGGUGCUUCCAUGGUCAUCAGUGAAGAUGGGUCUCGUACAAUGUUGAGUACAGCCAGCCAGACCCAGAGAGAAGCCAUAGCCAAGCAACUCCUAACUCCUUCCACAGGGGCACCAAAACCAGGGAUAAAAAUUGUGUGCCGCCAUAUAAAAAAUGGAGAUGUCCUUCUGCUGAAUCGGCAGCCAAGCCUUCAUAAACCCUCCAUCCAAGCUCAUCGGGCAAGGAUUCUGCCUGAAGAGAAGGUUCUGAGGCUUCACUACGCCAAUUGCAAGGCCUACAACGCGGAUUUUGAUGGCGAUGAAAUGAAUGCCCACUUCCCUCAAAAUGAGCUUGGCAGAGCUGAAGCCUAUGUAUUGGCAUGUACAGACGAGCAGUAUCUUGUGCCCAAGGAUGGGCAACCGCUGGCAGGUUUGAUCCAGGAUCACAUGGUCUCAGGUACCAGCAUGACCACACGGGGCUGCUUCUUCACCCGAGAACAGUAUGUGGAACUUGUGUAUCAAGGGCUGGUAGAUAAAAAGGGGAAAGUGAAGCUUCUCCCCCCAGCCAUUAUGAAACCACAGCGCUUAUGGACAGGGAAGCAGGUCUUUUCUACAUUGCUAAUGAAUGUAAUUCCAGAGGAUCACAUUCCACUGAAUUUGUUUGGGAAAGCUAAGAUUGGCGGGAAAGCCUGGAUGACAGGCUCUCCUUGUAGAAUGUAUGGAUCAGAUCUUGAUUUUAUGUGUGAAUCUCAGGUCAUCAUUAGAAGUGGGGAGUUACUCUGUGGAGUCUUGGAUAAAGCUCACUAUGGUAGCUCUGCCUAUGGUUUGGUCCACAGCUGCUAUGAGGUCUACGGUGGGGAGACCAGUGGAAAGGUGCUAACAGCUCUGGCUCGGCUCUUCACUGCCUACCUACAGUUCUACAGAGGUUUUACAUUGGGAGUUGAAGAUAUUUUGGUAAAACACCGGGCAGACCGCAAGAGGCGCAAGAUCAUUAAAGAAAGUACCCGGUGUGGUACAAAGGCCGUUCAAGCUGCAUUUAACUUGCCUGGAACUUCAUCAGGUGAGGAGGUCCGAGGGAAAUGGCAAGAUGCCCACCUUCAUAAAGACCAGAGGGAUUUUAACAUGGUUGACUUGAAAUUCAAAGAGGAAGUCAACCACUACAGCAAUGAGAUUAACAAGGUGUGCAUGCCUCUUGGUCUUCACCGGAAUUUCCCAGAGAAUAACUUGCAGUUGAUGGUACAGUCAGGAGCCAAGGGUUCCACUGUGAAUACUAUGCAGAUUUCUUGCUUGCUGGGCCAGAUUGAGUUGGAAGGUCGAAGGCCUCCAUUGAUGCCAUCUGGUAAAUCGCUGCCGUGUUUCCAACCUUACGACUUUUCCCCCAGAUCAGGGGGAUUUGUGGCAGGUAGAUUUCUCACCGGCAUCAAACCUCCAGAGUUCUUCUUCCAUUGUAUGGCUGGUAGGGAGGGUCUAGUGGAUACAGCUGUCAAAACCAGUCGGUCUGGAUACCUUCAAAGGUGUAUCAUAAAACAUUUGGAGGGGCUGAUAGUUCACUAUGACCUGACUGUGCGAGACAGCGAUGGCAGUGUGGUUCAGUUUCUCUAUGGAGAAGAUGGGCUAGAUAUCCCCAAGACACAGUUCUUGAAAUCCAAGCAGUUUCCUUUCAUCGCGGAUAAUCACAAGGUGAUAGAGAAAUCUAAGCAUUUAGAUGAAAUUCUGCCAAAAAUGGACCCUCAGCAGGCAAACAGGCAGUUCAGAUCUAUCAAGAGAUGGCAAAUCAAGCAUCAGGAACCUUUGAGAAGGAAAGGAGGCUUUUUGCUAUUUUCUCAGAAAAUGUUGGAAGGUGUAAGAGCACAAAUCCCUACAAGAGAACUUGUGAACGGUCGAGAUCCUGCAGCUCUGCAGUUGUUAAAGAUGUGGUAUGAACUAAAUGAGAAGAGUCGGAGAAAGUAUCAAAAGAAGGCAAAGAAAUGUCCUGAUCCUAGUCUUGCCAUCUGGCGUCCAGACAUUCAUUUUUCAUCAGUAUCAGAAACAUUUGAAAAUGAAGUAGAGAAUUUCCUCAGAGAGUGGGACGCUCAGAAUAACAUCAGCUACAGAAAAUCUGAACUGUCUUCUCAGAGAUUGAAGGAUUUGUUGCAUUUAAAGUGGCAGCAAUCGCUCUGUGACCCAGGAGAAGCUGUUGGUCUCCUUGCUGCUCAAAGUAUUGGGGAGCCUUCCACACAGAUGACUCUGAACACCUUUCACUUUGCUGGAAGAGGUGAAAUGAAUGUUACACUCGGCAUCCCAAGGUUGCGGGAGAUCCUGAUGGUAGCCACUGCUAAUAUUAAAACCCCAAUGAUGAGUGUUCCUGUACUUAACACCAAGAAAGCUCACAGGAGAGUGAAGGGGCUGAAGAAGAAGCUUACCAGAGUAUGCUUAGGCGAGGUUUUGCAAAAAGUUGACAUUGGAGAGGCUUUGUGUUUGGAGGGGAAGCUAUGCAAGCACCGUAUCUACACCAUCAAAUUUAGUUUUUUGCCAUAUGAAUGCUACCAGGAAGAGAAAUGUGUGAACCCAAGGGACAUAUUACAUUUUAUGGAGUCAAGAUUCUUUAAAAUCUUGCUUGAAACAAUAAAGAGGAAGAGUUCAAAGCUGGCAUCUUACAACACUGUCAGCACUCGAAAAGCAGUUCACAGGGACUUAGAAGGUGAUGGGGAAGGUGGCGCAUCCCAAGAAAACCAGGAUGACUAUGAAGCUGUAACUGAGGAAGAAGGGAAAAUUCCUGAUGGUGAAAUGGGUGAAGGGGAUGCUGAUGCUACAGAUGCAAAAAGAAAAGAGAAGCAGGAAGAGGAGGUUGAUUAUGAGAGCGAUGAGGAUAGUGAGGUAGAUGAUGAUGACGUUCCAGAUGAGGAAGAGACUGGAUUGCAUGAGAGGAAUCCAGAAGCAGUUGAAACUCGGGAUGAGGCUUAUGCUCCUUCCUCUAGUCAACUAACUCAAAACAAGAGAAAGAACUCAAAUGAAUUGGCGCAGCACAGAGUUACUGCUGUACAGGGGAGCCAUGAUGCUAUAGACAGCUAUGCAUAUGACAUUGAAAAUGAAUUGUGGUGUGAGGUCUCAUUGAAGCUUCCUUUAACAAAGGACUACUUUGACCUUGCUUCCCUUGUGACAACUCUAGCGAGCAACACUGUUAUCCAGGAGACAGAGGGGAUCACACGGUGCCUCUUAAAUGAAACCAACAAUAAGAAAGGAGAGAUGGUGCUCACUUUGCAGACUGAGGGGAUAAACCUCCUUGAGCUUUUCCGAUAUGCUGAUAUUUUUGAUGUGAACCGGCUUUAUUGCAAUGACGUUCAUGCGAUGGCCAAUACCUAUGGCAUUGAGGCUGCCUUGAAAGUCCUUGAGAAAGAGAUUAAAGAUGUGUUUGCUGCAUAUGGGAUUGUGGUUGAUCCUCGACAUCUCUCUCUGGUAUCAGACUACAUGUGCUUUGAAGGUGUUUACAAGCCACUCAGUCGGUUUGGGAUGCAGUCCAAUUCAUCCCCCUUGCAGCAAAUGACAUUUGAGACAAGCUACAAGUUUCUGAAGGAAGCAACCAUGCUGGGCUCCCAUGAUGAAUUGCAGUCUCCUUCUGCUUGCCUGGUGGUGGGAAAAGUUGUCAAAGGAGGAACCGGCUUGUUUGAUUUAAAACAGCCUCUUAAAUAGUGUGUAUGCUUCUGCUUAAGACUUUUAAAGUUGAUUUUUUUUCAAGGAAGGAACAUGCUAUUUUUUUUUUACUGUCUUCAUUGAAUGUAAAUACUAUAAUUGACUUUUUUGAGUUGAUAAUUACUUGUGCCUUUGGAUAUUCAGGAAUUCUAUUUAAUAAUAAAUAU